CUUCCUAUCUUGCAGUUCAAAGAAAAGAUUCUUCAGGAGAUCAACAGCAACACAGUCACAUGCAUCCAAGGAGAAACAGGAUGUGGCAAGAGCUCGAUGGUCCCUCAAUUCAUCCUCGAUGAUGCCAGGGCAAGACGACAGAGGGUCAACGUUAUUGUAUCACAACCACGAAGGCUUGCGGCUGUGGCGCUUGCGAGAAGGGUUGCGAGUCAAAACAACGAGAAGAUUGGAAAAACUAUUGGCUAUCGUAUUGGUCAAGGAGAUCACGUUGUGUCCAUGGAGACUCAGGUCACUUUCGUGACGAUAGGAUACUUGCUUCACAAGCUCUACCAUAACCCUAAAACCUUCUUCAAGAGUUCCCAUGUCGUCUUAGAUGAGGUGCAUGAACGAGGAAUGGACUCUGAUCUCCUGAACCUGCUGAUCAAGAAGCUGAUGGAGAACAGUAAGUCAAGCACAAAGCUGAUCAUCAUGUCUGCAACCCUACAAGCCAACCUCUUCAGCCAGUUUUUC